AAUUGAUAAAUUUUUGAAUGAAUAUUAAAGUUUAAAAAUACAUAGUUCAUUCAAAAAUUAAUAUAAAAUUAUUUUUUAACUUUAUUUUAUUUAGCAAUUGUUGGUGCAAGUAUUAACACGUUUUUUGAAAUGGCUUGUACAAACGUAUCAAUUCAAGCACACAAUGUAUCUCGAGCGAAAAGAGGUCACAAACUCAGCAACGUUGGAGGCUUCAGAGGCUGUACCGUCUGGUUGACUGGCUUAUCAGGUGCUGGAAAAACUUCAAUAGCUUUUCAAGUUGAAGCGAUUUUAGUAGAACGAGGAAUUGCCGCAUAUGGUUUAGAUGGAGACAACAUUAGAACUGGAUUGAAUUGCAAUCUUGGUUUCAGUCCUGAAGAUAGAAAAGAAAACAUCCGACGAGUUGCUGAAGUUGCAAAAUUAUUUGCAGAUAGUGGACAAAUUUGCUUAUGCAGUUUUGUAUCACCUUUUGAACAAGAUAGACAGAUGGCGAGAAAAAUCCAUAAAGAUUUUGAUCUACCUUUUUUCGAAAUUUUCGUUGACACUCCUCUAAAUGUUUGUGAGGCAAGAGAUACUAAAGGAUUAUAUAAAAAGGCCAGACAAGGUGUUAUUAGAGGAUUUACUGGUAUAGAUCAAAUUUAUGAACGUCCAGUCAAGCCAGAUUUAGUUGUAACAACUGAAAAUUGCACUCUAGAAGAGUCUGCAUCUCAAGUAAUUAAUUUUUUGGAGAAUCAAAAAAUUAUUCCUACAAUUUCAAAACAAUCAUGGUUAAUUCGAGAGCUUUUUGUACCAGAAUAUCGUAUAAAUGAUGCUAAAGCUGAAGCAAAUUCAUUAAAAAGUAUAGAAAUAAGUGAAAUUGAUGUGCAAUGGCUUCAGAUUUUAGCAGAAGGAUGGGCCGCACCUCUAACAGGAUUUAUGAGGGAAGACCAGUAUCUUCAAACGCAGCAUUUGAAAUGCCUUAUCGACGAGAAUGGUAAAGAAAUAAAUCAGUCGAUUCCUAUUGUCCUUCCAGUACAUUCCGAAGAUAAAUGCAGGGUAGAAGGUGAUUCAGCUGUUACUUUAAAGUAUAAAAACCAAGCAUUAGCUAUUUUAAGAAAACCUGAAUUUUAUCCACAUAGAAAAGAAGAAAGAUGUGCUAGGCAAUUUGGUACUACUGAUAUCAGACAUCCGUGUAUCAAAAUUAUUUAUCAAUCUGGAGAUUGGUUAAUGGGAGGUGAUGUAGAAGUACUAGAGAAAAUUAAAUGGAAUGAUGGUUUAGAUCAUUAUCGUUUAACUCCAAAUGAAAUACAAAUGAAAUGUAAAGAAAUGAAAGCUGAUGUUGUUUUUGCAUUCCAACUUAGAAAUCCUAUUCAUAAUGGACAUGCCCUUCUCAUGCAGGAUACGAGAAGGAGAUUGGUAGAAGAGCAUGGAUUUAAAAAUCCAGUAUUAUUAUUACAUCCUCUGGGAGGAUGGACCAAAGAUGAUGAUGUUCCUCUAUCCAUUAGAAUUCUUCAACAUAAAGCAGUGCUUGAAGAGAAUGUCUUAGAUACUAAUUCUACUCUUUUAGCUAUUUUUCCGAGUCCGAUGUUGUAUGCAGGUCCGGUAGAAGUGCAAUGGCAUGCAAAAGCUCGAAUGAAUGCAGGAGCUAAUUUUUAUAUUGUUGGAAGAGAUCCAGCUGGAAUUCCUCAUCCGAAUAAAGAUGUUACACCAGACGGGAAUUUGUACGAUCCUACACAUGGUGCUAGGGUUUUAACAAUAGCUAGAGGCUUAGAUAACUUGGAAAUUCUUCCUUUUAAAGUCGCUGCUUAUGAUACUAAGCACCAAAAAAUGGCGUAUUUUGAUCCUAAAAGACAGCAGGACUUCGACUUUAUUUCAGGAACAAGAAUGCGAGAUCUAGCAAGAAAAGGACAAGAACCACCUAACGGAUUCAUGGCUCCAAAAGCAUGGCAAAUUUUAGUCAACUAUUAUCGUAAUCUUGACGAAAAUAUGAAAGAUGUAAAAAUGUGAUACGCGUACAGUUUUAUUGUCAAAGCUUUAAUUUUAAUACUGAUUAACUUUUAACAUCAAUUUUGAUCAUUGAUCCAAAAUUUUAAAUUAAUUAUGACUACCACAAGCAAUAUAUCUUUUUAAUCUUUAGUUCAAACUAACCAGUCAAUAUUAUGAAUCAUGGUCUAAAUGUAAUUUUAUGUACAUACAUGUAUACAUAUGUAUGAUGUUAAUUUUAUAAUCUUAUUUUCAUAAAUUAUUAUUUUUAUAAUAUAUCA